AUCUUUACAAUGAAUGUUUAUAUCCAGGCAUGUUAUUCCUUAUACCACUCCUCCCGGCGUGCGCACAGUUUACUGCCACUUAUCUUGUCUACCGGGAGCCCUCCCAGUAUAUUUGAAGGGGGCCAAAAGGGUGAGAUAUAAUGGACCAAUCAGCAUCCACCACCCCACGCUUGCCGAGGCUGACGAUUGUGAGUUCAAAAUUCUUGCCGCCAACAACUCACUACGACAUUUCUAGAAUGAAUUUUAUAAAAAUGAUCGCUCCUUACCAUGGACCGGCCAUAUAAUCGCCCCUAUUACGAUUACUCCCACGAAUACCCUACAAUCUCCCCCCCACAGUCCUGGAGCUCCUACACUUCAGCCGAUAGCGAAGAUAGCUUGGACUCAUACGGUCAUCCCAUCAAUCCACGACGAACACCUUCAUCUGGCGCCUCGCCACAAUCCUGUCGUUCUUCUCCUUCGCAGACUCGAACACAAUAUACUCAAUCGUUGACAAAGCCACAAGCCGAAUCUUCGAGAGGGGGGCAAUCCGAGAAGGACGGCGAGGAGAAGGGGAAAGGCAGAGAGGGAGAGAAGGAAAACAAACCAGGAGGUAUGGCCUCGUGGAUUGAAAAGAUUACAGGCUCAAGAGAAGCUCAAUUUGCUGCCACGGCUGUGGUCAGCGGCGCCGUAGUCGCGGGUGCGAUUUUGGGGUCCCAGAAUGUCCGCCGCAGAGAGAGAAUUGGGGAGUUGAAGGCAGACAUCCCGGAUAUCGAUGAUCGUAAAGGAGGGCAUAUUACUCGUCAGGUAUGCACAAAGAGAAGGGCAACUUCAACGUCAAAAGAGGGGAAGUGCUGACGAAAUAAGUGAAGCUCACGGAUUUUGGUGCGGCAUCAACAGUCAUUAGCAAGGAAGACGAGAGAAGUUUGAGAUUAGCAGAACGAGCACAGAGAGGAGAUUAUGAUGAUGGUUUGUUUUCUGCCAAAUUCAAACUCCCGGUUUACUGACAGAUACAAUAGAACUUAUUCUCGAACAGCUGGCGCGAAACCGAGUCUUUCUCUCAGACGAAGGACUGAAAAAGCUCCGUGGGGCAUUCGUUAUCGUGGUUGGCUGUGGUGGGGUUGGAUCACAUUGCACCGCAGCACUGGCCCGUUCUGGGGUCUCUCAAAUCCGAUUGAUAGAUUUCGAUCAAGUCACCCUCUCCUCGCUAAAUCGCCAUGCAGUCGCAACUCUUGGAGAUGUCGGCACACCAAAGGUUGCUUGUCUCAAGAAACGCCUACACCAAAUCACUCCUUGGGUGCAUUUCGAUCUCCGAAACGAACUGUAUCGUCCCGAGGCAGCAGCAGCGUUGCUCGGACCAUACCAAGGGAAACAGCCCGAUUUUAUUAUUGAUGCAAUUGACAACAUCAACAGUAAGGUAUCAUUACUAGAAUAUUGCUACAAAAAUAACCUCCCCGUUAUAUCAUCAAUGGGUGCGGGUUGCAAAUCUGACCCAACCCGCAUCUUCAUUGGUGAUAUCUCUGCCAGUACAGAGGACCCACUCUCUCGCUCCACCCGUCGUCGUCUUCGUGCUCUUGGUGUUACAUCUGGAAUUCCAGUCGUAUAUUCCACCGAGAAGCCAGGUCCUGGUAAAGCAGAAUUGCUUCCGCUUCCCGAAGAGGAAUUUAAGAAAGGUUCAGUAGGUGAACUUGGCGUCCUCCCUGAUUUCCGCGUCAGAAUAUUGCCAGUUCUUGGAACAAUGCCAGCUGUAUUUGGAUACGCAGUUGCAAAUCACGUUAUUCUUAAGAUUACUGGUUAUCCACAUGAAUACAUACCUGCCAAAGGGCGGGAUAAGUUGUACGAUGGAAUUCUUGCUCUUCUCCAGGGGCAAGAAGAAAAACUUGCAAGAUCUACCACCCCAGGCGAAGAUGCUCGCGGGCUGAAAGUUGCACUGUCUGUGACCGACGUUGGAUAUUUGGUCGAAGAGGUAUUCAGAGGGAAGAGUGUUGUUAGUGGUAUCCCAACCAGGUUAGCUCUGGUGAGAUGGCGGAAACCACAGCCUGGUAGCACCAUUAAAUUGGAUGUCGAGGGCCAAAAGAUUAGUGCUCUCAAGUUGCGAAAUUUGGUGUGUAUGACAAGGGAAGAGGCUACGAAGCACGAGCAAGAGGUUGUCAAAGGGAACAAGACGCCAGAAGAGUUCUACGAUGCCGAGACUGUUGAGUUAGUAGAGAGAAGAUUGGCAGAGGAAGAUAACUACGAGAAGUAUAGAUAGGUAGUUGAUGUUGGAAAAAACAACUUCACUCUUGUUCUGGCUGUACAUUGCUUCUAAAACUCGACUAUUGGAUUAGAGCUUAAGUUUAGAAUUCCGAUAUCUUUAGGAGUCUACAAACUUAGGGGGGCUAACCUGGAAUAGGACAUAUAUCCAGGUCACGGUACAAUCCCAC